GACCUACCCCAUGCACCAAAUGAUAUGCAUAGCAGGUGCAACCGGCACCGGAAAGACAGCGCUAGCGCUGAAAAUAGCGCACCAGCUGAACACAAAAAUACUGAGCUGUGACUCCGUACAAAUAUUUAGCGAGCUCAACAUCGGCAGCAACAAAGAGCGCGACAAUCACCUGAUGAUCGAUGUGAAGGGCUAUGGCGAGAAGUACGAUGUACAGAAAUACGUGAACGACAGCCUGGCAGUCAUUAACGAGAUGGAAGAGCGUGCUCGCCUGCCGGUGCGUGUGCUUGUUGUGGGUGGUUGUGGAUUGUACAUGGAAAGGCUGUCACGUUGUUACGAGAGUGUGGUGAAGGUGUUUUUGUUUAAAAAUAGGGAGGUGCUUUACAGAGAGCUGGACAGGAGGUGCGAGGAGAUGGUGCUGAACGGACUGUUGGAGGAAACGCUGCUGGUGUGUGUUGGUGGUAAUUUUAACGGUGACCGCACCGCUACUGAUCGCGAGAAGCGUUUGAUCAGUGCUGACGAGUUGGAAGAGGGCAUCGUUAGCGCUGGACAUAGCAAACGAGGUGUGGGCGGGUCAUUUCAAGACGUGGAAGACGGCUGUAGAAAUGGCAAUAACGAAGUGUUGAAGGGGAGCGUUGGGAACAGAAAUUUUGCUGGGAAUGGCGAAAAGAGCCGAAUUGAUAGCACAACGGUAGCAAACGAAGAGAUUGCUCGUAGAGGGAGUGAGCAUCUCAUCAAUAUGAGCAUUGAUGCGGCGAAACAAGACAAGUGCAGCAGUACAAGCACUCAGCUGCUGCCCAUAGGCUACAAGGAGAGCUACAACUUCCUCAUGGCUGGUGAUUACUCGUACGGUGCCUUCAAAGCAUUCCUUAACACCUUCAAAAAGAACACAAGAAACUACGUCAGAAGACAAGAGACCUUCUUCAAACGGAAGAACUACGUAUUUGUGAAUGCUGAGCGGGAAGACCUGAUGGAGAAGGUUUUGCGUAUCAUUAACGGUGAGCGAGCAGGUGAUGAGUACACGUUUAAGUACUUUAAGAUGAUGAAGGAGUACAAAAGCGAAGAGAAGCACUUCAAAACUGAGGAGGAGUACGAAGCUUUCAGGAAACGGUGUUAUUAUUUAGGGUGAGGCUCGAUCGGCACACCGUACCUCAAGCGUGUGUUUGUCCAGUUGUGCUACGUUACACGUGGCAGUACGCUUCAGGAAAGGUAACGAGUUCCUUUUAAGGAUGCAACCGUGGCGUGGUGUGCACCAGCAUUGUUGCACGUUACCACCACUUGAGCUCGUACGGAUGAAAAGAAAAAGCACCAAAGGAUCAAAACAUGAAUAAAAGCAUUUUUAACAAA